AUGAAGACGACAACAUUCACUCCCAUCCUGGCCCUAGCCACCGCCGCCUCGGCGCAGGUGUCAGGCUUCAACUACGGCUCGACAAACAGCGACGGCUCCUGCCGCGGCUACAGCGAUUUCAUCCGCUAUUUCAAUGACGCCAAAUCGCUCCCCGGCACGUCUGGCUUUCAAGUCGCCCGCCUCUACACCUCCGUCCAGUGCGGUACGUCUGCGUCGCCCAUCUCCGCCUUCCAGGCCGCCAUCGACACAGACACGAAGAUCCUCGUCGGCCUGUGGGCGUCCGCGGGCCGCGCGGCGUACGAGAACGAACUCAACGCGCUCCUCGUUGCGGCGCGGGACCUCGGGUCUGCCUUCACGGACCGCAUUGUAGGCAUCAGCGUUGGCUCCGAGGAUCUGUACCGCGCCAGCCCGCAGGGUGUGGCCAACAACGCCGGCGUCGGCGCGACGGGGACUGAGAUCGAGGGCUACAUUGGCUGGAUCCGCGACUGGAUCCGCGGCACUGCGCUCGAGGGGAAACCCAUUGGGCACGUGGAUACAUGGACGGCGUGGGUGCUGCCCGAGAACCGCGGUGUUGCCGACAGCGUCAACUUUCUCGGUCACAACAGUUUCCCCUACUUCGAGAGCACGAAGCCGAACUCCAUCGAUCUCGCGGCGCAGAACUUCCGCGACGCACUCGCGCAGACCGAGUCCGUCGCCGCCGGCAAGGAGGUCUGGGUCACGGAGACGGGAUGGCCGCGCAUCGGACCCAACUCCCGAGACGCGGUUGCGAGCACAGAGAAUAGCCAGCGGUACUGGAGGGAGGUUGGGUGCAGUCUGUUUGGCAAGCGAAAUGCGUUUUGGUACACGCUCAAGGACGCGAAUUCGGCGCAGACGGACUUGAGCUUUGCUGUUACGCCGCUGGAGAACAAUACUCCUUAUUUCGAUUUGACCUGCUAG